UACUUCACGCUACAACUCAGGUGUAAAAGUAAACAUCUCAGACUCAGGUGAGGGGUUAGCCCUUCAUAAAACUGUUGAACGCACCAUUUUUCGUCUCUCCUUACCGUCAACCCUAGACAUCUUUGGCUCCAGGUAGUUGUACUGGGCCGGCUACUCUCUCUUCGCAGCCAAGGGCUGAAUUGUGAGGAGCUUACAAGUACUUUAUAUAGCGGCUGCCAUUCGACGUCGCUAACUCGCUGACCUCAAUACGACCCCAGGUGCGGCUAUAGGACUGCAAGGUUUGAACCACUCACACCGGGAAGGUCCCCUACCGAAAGAAGUCUUCAUAUCACUUACAAGGAACCAAGUCUUCGGUCUUCGAAAACGUACAGGAUGGCCAAGAAGUCGACGUGUAUCUCGCAGUUUUGCACCGUCCUGAAGUGUCUGGUGACCAGAAUCUUGUUCGUGGCGCACGGGCUGGUGUGCAUCUGGCGGGCGACCGUGGGCUUCCCCGGGAACAACAUGCUGUGGUUCCUCAUGGUGCCCGUCGUGCUUCUGUUCGUGGAGACCAUGGUCACACUGGUGUACAACAAGGGCAAGGAGUGGGGAUGGUUCUGCCCCAGCGUGUUCCUGUACCUGUUCUGCACGGUGCCGUCUAUCUGGUUCAUGGAGUUCUCGGAACAGGACCGGCGGCUGGCCUCCAUCGCCUCCGCACGCCAGGCCUGCCUCAACGCCACGGCUAACUCCACUCUGGACGACGACGAGGUGGUGGUGUCGCUGCAGUCCAUUGGACUGGACUUAACGCUGACCAUAGACAGUGGCACCUGGGUGUUAGGCCUGGAACAGGCGCUAGUUUUCCUGCUGAUUCUCGGACGCUGGCUGCUGCCUACUAACCUGAAGGACGACCAGCUCUCCCAGCUUCUCCUCUCCUACAUCGGCAUGGCCGCAGACAUCCUGGAGCUUCUGGAAGUCUUCGAGGAGCCCAAAGUUCUCAGGAAUCAGGUCCUGACCUUCGUGGUGCUGAUGAUCUUCUCCCUGAGUCUGCUGCAGUUUACCGUCGUGUUCACGGCAAUCCCUGACCGCAUGCCGACCUGCUCGGUCACCUGCCCGCCUGGUAAGGACUGCCGCGGCCUGCACUGCUGCAACCCGGAAAUCUUCAACAUCUACACCACCAUCAUCCUACAGGACGGGGCGUUCUUCGCCAUCCGGGUGUACCUGUUCUUCGUCGAGAGGGUCUUUAGUCAGGGAUUGUUGUUCUUCGCUGGAAAGAACAUGCUGGUUAUCCUGCUGGACAUCUAUCGUAUAAAAGCCUUGUUCUCCCGUGACGACGAAGAUGAGGAAAAGGAAGAGAACGAGUUACAGGACAGGGCAACAACAGAAGCUGUCACUGUUGGUGGGGUGGAUAACCAGGGGUAUAACAAAGACCCAGCAUGA